UGCCCACACAAUGUGAUCUCUGACAGAGCACCUCCACACUGAGCGCUUUCUCUGGUCCCAGCCUCGGCCAGGACCAGCUGCAUCCCAUAAUACUUGGGAGCUCAACUUGUUCUUGCCUGCUGGGCUGCGCCAUUGUGUUCCUUGCUGGGUGUGGCUGCAUGAGUCUGAUGCUCCUCACUGCCAGUGCCUGCAGCUGGGGGGCUCUUGCUGCUGUCUCCCGGGUGGACUUUCGGUCCUGGAGACUUCUGCUUUGAAAUCGCACUUUCUGCCUCAUCUCUGUAGCAGCUCUGCUUUCAGUUUUAAUCCAUAUAAAUUAUUCAUCCAUAAACUAGCUGCCGAAGAGAAUCAGAUUUGUAAACGGUUGCAUCAUUUGAUCUCUAUCACAGUUUUUGAUGCUGUUAUAACAGGGACAGGAAAGAAGAGGGAAAAUGAUGUUUUUCAUCCAAAUUGAAGUUGAAUUCAUGAAAUGACAGAAUCGCAUUAGGAAGCAAUUGGAUUAAACUUCACUCCACGCUGCUGGGCCUCUUUUGGAUUGCUCCCGAUAGGAUGAGUCACUGCCAAGGUCUUGAGUGCUUCCCCCAGCCCCCAUGUUAAGCAGUAAAUUGCAAAAUCUCAAGUUAUGUGUUGUCUGCUGCUCUCCCAGACAAGAAAGAACUUGAUAUCUGUGUGUCUUGCAAAUCUCGCUCGCCCUCUUCUUUAUUUAGGUCUGAAAUAGAAGCACGUUGAAUUCAUCAGCUGCGCACUUGUCUGAUGCGGCUCUUGAAUGAUCCGAGGUUAGCGUGGAGCUGCUUUUUCUAGGCCUGCAGUUGGAGUGAUGGGGCUUCUGACUUUCCCGUGCAUUAUAUCCAGAAAUCACAGCCCAUUAAUGAGUUUUGGAGCCAGCUUUGUCAGUUUUUUGAAUGCCAUGAUGACAUUUGAGGAAGAAAAAAUGCAGUUGGCGUGUGAUGACUUAAAAACUACAGAAAAGCUGUGUGAAAGUGAAGAGGCUGGAGUGAUUGAAACAAUCAAGAAUAAAAUUAAAAAGAAUGUUGACGUCCGGAAAUCCGCCCCCUCCAUGGUUGACCGGCUUCAGAGGCAAAUCAUCAUAGCUGACUGUCAGGUGUACCUGGCUGUGCUUUCGUUUGUGAAACAAGAGCUGUCAGCGUACAUAAAAGGUGGGUGGAUCCUUAGGAAGGCCUGGAAGAUUUACAAUAAAUGCUAUCUGGACAUCAAUGCGCUCCAAGAGCUGCACCAGAAGAAGCUGGCUGAAGAGCCCUUGACCUCUGACGCUGCAAAUGAUAACCACAUUGUGACUGAAGGGGUGUCUGAGGAGUCUCUGAACAGACUGAAAGGUGCUGUGAGCUUUGGAUAUGGCCUUUUUCACCUUUGCAUAUCCAUGGUGCCCCCAAACCUGCUCAAAAUCAUCAACCUGCUGGGUUUUCCUGGAGACCGCCUACAGGGGCUUUCUUCACUGAUGUAUGCGAGCGAAAGUAAGGACAUGAAGGCCCCUUUAGCUACAUUAGCUCUGCUCUGGUACCACACCGUGGUGCGCCCUUUCUUUGCCUUGGAUGGCAGUGAUAACAAAGCCGGCCUGGAUGAAGCGAAGGAAAUUCUUCUCAAAAAAGAAGCUGCUUACCCAAAUUCUUCCCUCUUUAUGUUUUUCAAGGGACGGAUACAGCGAUUAGAGUGUCAGAUCAACAGUGCCUUGACUUCCUUCCAUACUGCUUUGGAACUGGCCGUGGACCAGAGGGAAAUUCAGCACGUCUGUCUCUAUGAAAUUGGGUGGUGCAGCAUGAUCGAGCUCAACUUCAAGGAUGCGUUCGAUUCCUUCGAGCGGCUGAAAAACGAGUCCCGGUGGUCGCAGUGCUAUUACGCCUAUUUGACAGCAGUGUGCCAGGGAGCCAGCGGUGACGUGGACGGCGCACAGGCCGUUUUUAAAGAAGUUCAGAAACUCUUCAAGAGGAAAAACAACCAGAUUGAACAGUUCUCAGUGAAGAAGGCAGAGCGAUUUCGGAAGCAAACCCCAACCCAAGCGCUGUGUGUGUUGGCGUCCAUUGAGGUGCUGUACCUGUGGAAGGCCCUUCCCAACUGUUCCCUCCCCAACCUGCAGAGGAUGAGUCAAGCUUGCCAUGAAGUGGAUGAUUCAUCUGUGGUUGGAUUAAAGUAUUUGCUGCUCGGUGCCAUACACAAGUGUCUAGGAAACUCAGAAGAUGCUCUUCAGUUCUUUCAGAGAGCUGUCAAAGAUGAAGUGUGUCGUCAGAAUAACUUGUAUGUUCAGCCAUAUGCUUGCUAUGAACUUGGCUGUCUUCUGCUGGACAGGCCAGAGACUGUAGGAAGAGGCAGAACUCUACUUCUGCAAGCAAAGGAAGAUUUCUCCGGCUAUGACUUUGAGAACAGACUGCACGUCCGCAUCCACGCUGCCCUGGCCUCCCUUCGGGAACUGGUUCCUCAGUGACAGACCCGGGGAGCCUGCUGUGUCCCUGCCCGCCCGGGCCCGCACCUGAAAAUAAAAGCAGAGGACAAAGCUCAUGUGAAAAUCGGCUUUUCUUCUGAGAGUCACCUGUGCCAGGGACACAUUUUCCCAGUUAAGCUGACAUGUUAAACAUCUCCUCUUUUAAACAUUUAGCUGAAAAGUGGCCAUGGCGAGGGUGAAGAGGAGGAUAAUAGCCACCCGGGGAGAAGGUUAAGUGACCUUGUUCAAGCAUUUUAGUUUUGUGACUUAUUAUUUUUUGAAAUAAAAUCAAACUAAGCGUCCUGCCUAUGAUCUUGCAGGGGCACCUCCCUGAAGCCCCUCUCGCGAGGGUGACAGUGACAGGUGCCUGAGAGAUGAGCAGCAUCGUGACAUUGCAUUUAUAUUGUGUUCUGAAAAAAAUAAAAGCGCUUCCUAGUGUUUUAAUUUACCCUCAGAAUAUUCCUGUGAAUCAGGCAGCGCAGCUAGUCCUAGCCCUCUCCCACAGACAGCAAAACUCAGGCACAGAAGGCGAAUGGACUCCAUUCACUGUCCCUCUGUUCCCAGCGACUAGAUAGCAGAUCUGACCGCCAACUGAAGAUUUUUUUAUUAUUAAAAAACAACCAUGUUACUAACUCAGAAUUUCAUGUUUUCCUUAUUAAAAGAACAAACACUCUCAGCUGACGUGUGUCAUCAAAGAUUCAUCUCUAGAUCCUCUGCAAAAUGUUCCCAAAGGAUAAACACUGUCUUUUCCCUUUGAAAGCAAACCAUGCAGGAAGUAAUAGAAGAAAAUGUUACAACCGAAAACCCAACUGUUUUGCUAGUGAUUGGAGAGCCUCAGCUACAGACACACGUUACUUAUGUUUUAGGGGUUGCCUGUUGUUUGUGAAAAUUGUCUAAUGACCAACUUUUGGAAAUCUUUUAACAGAUGACUUGGAAAAGUCACUCUCAAAUGAACGAAGGUUUUUGCCAUGAAAUGUUUGAUGGUGAAGCAUUGCUGGAUAUCAUUUUCUGCCCAGCUGAGGUUAUCAGAGAUUAUAAAAGGAGUUCAAUGUUAUUUUUUAAACACUUCAUUGCUGAUUGUUGUGGUCUUUUAAUUUACCUCUAAGGCCAGUCCUGCACACCUGUGGUUUUGAGGACUCUAAAUACCUCAGUCACGUUUAAGGAUCUUUGCCAUAAUUUGGCUCACAUUCAAGGUUGCAUUUUUUUUUUAAUUUCUGUUGAGCUAAAGGAUAGGUUUUAGAGUAUCAUUUACAUGCUUUUGGCUAAAGCACAAUCUCAUGUGAUGUUAAUAUUUUAAUAUUUCUUUUCAAAAUAAAACAUGAGGAAAGCA